GCAUCGCAGUCUGGAGAAAGCCGCGUGCCUGCGACGGCAAGGUCCAUGCUCACGAAGAUAAACAGGCUCUGUACAGUGGCCAGUGUGGUGAGGAUUGUUGGUGUGUUUGGCACGCACACGCGUCGCCUGGAGGUUGAUGUCAAUUGGUGAUUGGAUCGUUUAUACGCAUAUGAAAUAUCUCACCGCAGAAGGGCCCUAGCUGCGAUUCACUGGCCGUUGUUACGAUGGGUUCGGUACAGUUCUUAAGAUGCAGCUGUUUGUUAGCCCUCUUGACCAGCUUGUGGACGCUAGCACACACCGAAUGCAUUCUCCUGUAUGAACACGUUGCGUUUUCUGGGAACGGGGGAGAUUUGUGCUGGCAGAGGCAUCAAUGCAAAACUGUGCCUGACAACUGGAGGGGAAAGAUCAGUUCAGUUAACACAUUAGGACAUAUAGUGCAUGCCUUCAAAUCGGACGAUUGCACGGGUGGAGACUUGAUAAUGGGGUUGAAAACUGAUGGCUACGAAAAGAUGAUCAGGAUGCCAGAUUAUUUCAACGACGCCAUUGCCUCUUUCGCAUUUUCUACCGACGAUACAUUUGCCAUCGCGACAAGUGGAGCCCCUGGCCCUCCCGGUCCACCAGGACCGAAAGGGCCUGCUGGAGCUCAGGGUCCACAGGGCCCCCCCGGUAUCAGAGGACAGCCAGGCCCGCCAGGUGUUCAGGGUGCAGACGGACCCCCGGGCACUCAAGGCCCUCAGGGUCCACCUUAUCCAGAGGUGCAUAUUGAGAAGAUGAUACUAACGAAACAAGAAGAACUCAUGCCAGCGUUCCGCGCUCGUCUGCUCGAUCCUCCAGGGCCCAAGCCGCCUCCUGGAACUCCCUUUCAUUCCGUAACGAAGCAAAACGCAUGGCAGCCCACGGUCAUCGACGUCAACGCGGCUGAUGCAACACCCACAUGCGUGAAUGGAGGUUUGCCUGUCAACGGAGUAUGCAUCUGUAGACCAGGGUUCAGCGGCCAGUCUUGUGAAAUCGCGUGUGGGCCUGGCCUCUACGGGGAGGCUUGCACUCAGCGCUGUUCCGACUUGAAGGGAUCGAGUCAUGACUGCAGUCGCGUCAUGUUCUGCAAUGGCGGCGUGUGUUCGUGCGCGGCAGGGCUGCGAGGGCAGCAUUGCGAUCAAGUGUGCGCACCGCGUCGCUACGGCGCUGGUUGCAAUGUCGAGUGUGGACAGUGCGGUGGCUCUGGUGACUGCGACCCUUACACGGGACACUGCUACAGCGGCUGUCAAAGUGGGUAUAAUGGUCCAACAUGUCAUCAGGAACUGACGCAUUUGAUAGAGGCACCCGACGUCAUUGUAGGGGCAAAUCGUUCUCUCAUUGGGACAGUGAAACUUGCUGGCAACACUGCGGGUAGCGGAGACGUGCAGUACAUCAACAUUCAACAUCGGGCAGCCCUGCCCGGAAACGAGUGGUUCUCGGCUUCAACGCUGGUUUUGGAUGAGAAGGCCGAGAACCUCACCUUCAGAGUGGAUGGCUUGCCGGCCGACACCGAGGUGGAUGUACGAGCGGUUUUGAUCGACGGAGCCCAAAACGCACUGCAGAGCGUGGCACAGACUCGUGUGCGCACGCCCGGCACGCGUCUUCUCACAAGUGUGACCGCUGAGAGUUUGAGUCCAACCAACCUCCGAUUAUCUUGGGUCAAUGUGCUUGACGUCACGGUGGGGUACUUGUGCGUCUCGCUGCUGGACUGCUCGGUACCCUGUGGCAACUCGGCCAAGGUGUUGCGCGUGAGUAGGAGCAGCAGCGUGGACAUUGAGGACCUGGAACCAGGGGCGCUGUACCGUCUCACCGUCUGGACCGAAGACGAGGCCGAAACCGUCAUGGCCGUGACCGACCAAAGCGCUGCGGACAUAACAGUGAAUUUCCUGGAGCCUUCUGUUAGCAACAUCUCCGCAAUCGUACAGUGGCGUCAGGCUGACAACUGUCAGAAUCUUCAUGGAUUUUUCAAGUUUUAUCAGUGGAAACUCGAAAAACCAGAGAACGUCGUGUUGAGUGCAGGGAGCACAACUUUAACCAGGCUGACCUUGAACGAUCUGGAGCCCGGCCAGGAGUACCAAUUUAGCGUUGGCGUCGUUAAUACAGCCUGGACAGAGGCGAAACCAAUUAUCUGGUCACAUCUCAUCAUCACAACACUUAAUUCAGCACCCUCCGCUCCCCUGGAUUUGACGGCAUACCGUUGGAACGCCACUUCGUUGUGGCUGCGCUGGUGUCCGCCAGCGGUACCGGGAGGCACUCUGGACCACUACACUGUACGCGUCGACAACCUAAACCCUCUGAUCGUGAAGGCGAACGACACCUGUCCGCUGUGGCCUGACCACAUGUGUUGCGUCGUCCAUCGACUGAGAAUUUCCGCAACGCGCGCUGUGCGCAUCAGUGCCACCAACUUGGAGAGGGAUGAGCGCGGAGAGGAAGUACUGGCGACCAUCAGCACUGAAGACGGGCCUCCGGAAGAGGUGGCGAACCUGCAUGCAGAACCUGGACCGCACGCAGUGCUGAUUCGCUGGCAACUGCCGAGCCUCCUCCACGGCGACCUGCUGGGCUUCAUGGUGACGGCCAAGGUGGUCCGCGACUCUGCAAGCGAGAGCGGGGAGCAGCUCCACGUCCCGGACCCCUUGGGGCACUCCCUGCCGACGAGGGAGGAGCGGCCCCACUACGAGGUGACCCUCGCCGACCUGCACCCGUCCACCACGUACAACGUGUCGGUGCGUUGCCUCGGCAGUGGCGGCCCGGGCAGCUCCGUGCCCAUACUCGCCACAACCCUGGGGGAAUGACCAAAAACUUCCAAUUGUCGUGUCCAAGUCCAAAUUGAUCAUUUCCGGAGGAAUUUCGGGUGGAUUUUAAAAUCAAUUGCAGCCCAAUUUACAUGAAUUUUGAUAAGUUCCUCUGGGUUUUUUUAGGUUUUUUUUUUUAGAAUUUCUUUGAAUUUUGACCUUACUUCAUGAAUUUUGUAGCACGGUAAACACGGUUCCUGGUUUUCCAAGGAACUUACUGGAAAUCACCUAUGUCUCUACCAUGGGCUUCCUGGGAAAAACUGCUACCGUUUUUACCGUGAGAAAUUUGCAGUCUUCGUGUUGCGAAGCAUUUCAUCGCAGAUUUUAAAAUGCCUUCGAUUUAUUCGUACUACGAAGCGACGCUUCGUAGACUUUUUUUGUAUACUCAAAUGAGAAUGAGAACACGUAAGUGGGAGUGUACUCGUAAUUACAUGCCGAAGAGAGUGUUCUGAGUACAUUGCUGAGUAUGUCGAACAAUGAAGUGUCCUGCGUUUUCUGUUGUUUUAGAUGAAAU